AUCCAUCAAAGCUUCCAACCAAACCUCCCCAAAAUAUUACUGAUGUGUUGUAAUCUACAAUAUCAACUAGAAGUAGUGUGAACAGUUCUUAAAGAAAUGUGAACCAAAAUUUCAGCAGGUUGUUCAUCUGAACCUGUGGCGCGAUUAGUUUGAAUGAGUGAGCAGUGAUGAUAUGGUGACAGUGGCCAUAAAUAAAUUGAGCGGUAAUUGCCGUAAUUACUGUUCCCACCUAAGUAUGACUUCAUUUAAUCCCAAGCCAGCCUUCAACUGCCAGCUCCAGCUACUUGUUAGUCUCAGACGUCUUCCAAAAAAUUCAUCUUCUUCUUUUGUCAAGACCAGAAUUUUAUGUCCUCUGCCUCUUCUUCAAGUUUUUCGCGAAAAUCCCACCAAUCCCACUUCCCAAGUUCGGUUUCUUUCCUCCGAUGAGAAACCGGCAUUAAUACUGUACACUAGCGGCACAACAGGUAAACCAAAAGGAGUUGUUCAUGCACACAGAAGCAUCUUGGCUCAGGUUCAAAUGUUGGCAAAUGCUUGGGAGUACUCACCUAUUUGCUUUUCCCAUCUCUUCUCCUAUUUGCUGGGUUGAUAUGCUGUAUAAGUUCGAUGAAAUGUUGG